CGUCAAACGCGCAAGGAAAGGGGUGUGUGUGGUGUUUUGUUUGUUGUUGUGUGUUGGUUGAAGAGACAAGCAAGACACACGCAGUGCUGCCCACCAGCCAUUACCGAUCUGCCUUGGGCACCACCCAUCACCACCUCCCCAAAUUGUUGGUGUUCCCGCGAGGGGACGGUCACAGGAAGGGGCAAAGAAGAGAGACGGAGGAAACCAGCAGUGUUGUACAAGCGUACUUCACCCACCGUCACAGCCCCUCAACCCACGCUAUCGACUUCAAAAUCAGCGUGCUGACGCAAGCCAUGCAUGCGCCACGAUCAUCGCGAUCGUGUUGGCGCAGCGACAAACCCCGGCAGCCCCAUGGCAAUGACACCAACAACAGCACCAACAAGAACAGCAAGAGGAGCAACAGGACUGCUGUCCACCGUGCCCGAGUUGCGCCCACAGGAGUCCUUGUGAUUGCUUUCCUCUGCCUGCUUUCCAUGAGCUGCCAAGAAGUGUCAGCGCAGUGCACGACAACCUGUGAAGCAGGAGAGAAGUGCGUCGGUUCAGAUUGCGCCGAGUGUGACCCAGGCACAUUUCAAGAUGCAAACGACCAUAUGCAGACCACGUGCAAGACAUGCAUGAACGCCUACCAGCCAAACUCCGGUCAAGCAGGUUGCAUUGAGUUUGCGUCAUGUGGCCGAGGCAAGAAGUUUGUGACUGGCACAACCACGACACCUUCCACAUGUGCAAACUGCGAUGCAGGUACAUAUCAGGAUCAAAGCGGUCAUUUUGAUCCAGACUGCAAACCGUGCACGGGAAACACGUUCACAGACCAGCCGGGACAACAAGGCUGCUCGGCGUGGUCGUCGUGCAAUCAGGGCCAGAAGUGGGCAGCGGGUUCAGCCGAUGCAGACGCAACAUGCUCAAGCUGCACUCCAGGCACGUACCAAAAUGAGUUCAGCCACCAGCACACAUCGUGUAAGGGCUGUGGAGCUGGAACGUUCCAAAGCGGACACGGCGCCUCAGGUUGCGACGACUGGAAGACAUGUGGAAAAGGCAAAAAGUGGGCGACUGGAACGUCCACAACGGAUGCAACGUGCUCGCCUUGCGGAUCAUUUCACUACCAGUCCAAGUCUUCGCACAAGGACACCUCGUGUACCUCGUGGUCCACGUGUGGGCCGGGGUAUGAGGUGACCGUCGAACCGACAGCCAGCAACGACCGCUUGUGUGCAAUGUGCGAUUACGGGCACUACCAGGAUGGCACGAACCAGCAGGACUGCAAGCCGUGUGACCCUGGCCAGCACCAAGAUGAGCGCGGGCAAAUAGAGUGCAAGGCGUGCGGUGCUGGCAAAUAUCAGAAGAGCUCUGGCCAAAAGGAUUGCAUUGCUUACAGCACGUGCGAUCGGGGAGAGCGCUGGGUCAGCGGAACGAAGACAAAGGACUCGUCCUGCAGGAGCUGCGAUAUCGGCAAGUACCAGAACUUCCUCAACCACCAGCGCACAUCGUGCAAGACGUGCCCUGAUGGGAAGUACCAGCUGAACACGGGGCGUGGUAGCUGCCCAGACUGCACCACAUGCGAGGACGGGUUCGAGGAGGUGCUGCCUUGCACACCAACAUCCGACCGCACAUGCGAAGACAACGACCCGCCCACCAUCGUGCUGCGGCGGCCAGACAACAACGCCGUCAUCACAAACACGUACACAGUUGAGGCUGGGCUGCCUUUUGAUCCCCCGAUCUUCACGGCAACAGACACGGCGGCCGGUACCGUCACAAAGACGCCACCACCCAACCUCGGCGAUAUUGACACGAGCACCGUGCGGUCUGACCAGAUGCUGACGUACAAGGCGACGGAUGCGAACAUGAACACGGCAACACGCACCAUCACCGUGGUAGUCGUGGACACGACAGGGCCCGCCAUCACAUUUGACCCUGCAGUGCUGCAGCUGGAGGCCGGGGAGGAGGUGAUGCGCAGCAACUUCACGGUCGGCGUUUCCAUCGUGGACCGCGUGGACGGAACACUGGGCAUCGACCUGCUGGAAUACGAUGCCAGCGACGUGAACGUGAACACGCUGGGCAUGUACGAGGUGGUGUACACGCUGUCUGCACCCGACUCGAACGACAACGAGGCGCCGCCCACCACACGCACAGCAGCCGUCGUCGACACCCUUCCCCCAGUCAUCACCAUUGGUUUUGGCGACCGCAACGUGUCGGAACACAACGUGGUUAUCCACGAGGCGGCAACAGAGUUUAUCUUGCCGAGCCAGUCUGCAUUUGAUACAUUCGACACCGCUGUCAAUGGCGGUGACGUGCGACGCAACGAAGAGCCGACCUUCAACUCGGUUGUGGACGACGACACGCAGUUCACGUUCACGUACACGGCGACGGAUGCGUCGGACAACACGGCGAUGGUGGUGUAUGUGAUUGAGGUGCGGGACACGAUGGCGCCAACCAUCACCAUCAGCGGCGAGCACAACAUCACGCACGAGGCCGGGACGGAAUAUGUCGAUGCGGGAGCAACGGCAACGGACCUGCUGGAGGAUGCGAUUGGGCGCGGGGUGGAGGUGGUGGUCGCCAACAACGUGUUGAGCAAGCCGCCGUCUGUGCCCGCGGUGUUCACGGUGGAGUACGACGCGUGCGACAAGGCCGGCAACUGCGACGCCAUCAACCGCACCGUGCACGUGCUGGACCGCACGGCCCCGAGCAUCGAGCUCAUUGGCGACGCGCUGCUGGUGGUGGAGGCCGGCAGCAACUUCAGCGACAUCGACCCUGGCGUGACGCUGGCUGAUCUGUACUACGACAACGCCGACCUGACGCUGGUGAUUGACGAUGGCGGGUACGAGGCGGCGCCAACCGCCACCCCGGUCUCCUUCAACGUCACAUACACGGUGACAGACCCGUCCCGCAACACGGCCAGCGUCACGCGCACCAUCACCAUCAUCGACACAACGCCGCCAGACCUACGUGUCAACGGGAACCUGAGCGUGACGGUUGGCGACGGCGUGACGUGGGUUGAGCCGGGCAUUGCACGUGCAUACGACAUUGUUGACCGCGAUGUGCGAUCGCGUGUGGUGGCGACGACGCAGCUUGAGGAGGCCGGCGUCGUUGUUCCCACCAUGUGCGCGUAUUCGUCUGCGCGCGCGUUUGUGCCGCCGCUGUCGCCGCGCGUGUGGUCUUCACCUCGAAUGGACGCGGUGGAGUCGAGGGCGCCAAGCGGCACCGUGUACCGCAUCAACUACACGGUGGCGGACGCAGCGAGCAACGUGGCGUUUGUGGAGCGCGUGGUGCGGGUUGCAGACCCGACGCCACCCUCGCUGCAGCUGCUUGGGGAUCGGGUGCAGGCGCUUGAGUACGGCCCAGAUGCGGCGUUUGUUGAGGCGGACGGCGGCGCGCCGACGCCCACGACGGCGACCUGAGCGGG